AUGGCAAUGUUGAUAGAAAAUGAAGUCAUGUGUAUGAGAAAGAGUAUGGAAGAAAAAGAUGUAAAAGGAGCACGUAGUGUUAAGAGAAAAAGAAGAGAACAUGCUAUUGGACCAAUCAUAGAUGAUGAUGAUAACCACAAUAAGAAGAUGAUAAAAAAACAUAUUGGUGAAAAUUCUACAACUAAUACUACAAAGAGAAGCUCAAGAUUUCGUGGUGUUAGCAGACAUAGAUGGACUGGUCGAUUUGAAGCUCACUUGUGGGACAAACUUUCUUGGAACAUAACACAAAAAAAGAAAGGGAAGCAAGGGGCUUAUGAUGAAGAAGAAUCUGCUGCAAGAGCAUAUGAUUUAGCUGCACUUAAGUAUUGGGGAACAUCAACUUUCACUAAUUUUCAGACAUCAGAUUAUGAGAAAGAGAUAGAAAUAAUGAAAACCAUGACCAAAGAGGAGUACUUGGCCACAUUAAGAAGAAAGAGCAGUGGUUUUUCAAGAGGUGUCUCAAAGUAUAGAGGUGUUGCAAGGCAUCACCAUAAUGGUAGAUGGGAAGCAAGGAUAGGAAGAGUUUUUGGAAACAAAUAUCUUUAUCUAGGAACAUAUAGUACACAGGAGGAAGCUGCGCGUGCUUAUGACAUAGCUGCAAUUGAAUACAGAGGAAUUCAUGCUGUAACCAACUUUGAAUUAAGCAGUUACAUAAAAUGGUUAAAGCCAGAAAGUGACAAAGAAGAAAAACAUGAAUCACAAGCAUUACCAAAUGAGUCACAAACAAUGGAAUCUCCAAAUAACUCUACUCUAUUACAAGAGUCAAAGUUAUUAGCCCUUCAAAAGAGCUUUUUCAUUCCAAAUUGCAUUAAUUCCAAUGAAAAGCAAGAUUCUUCAUCUUCAUUUGAAAACAAAAACUAUCAUUUCUUGAGCAACAAGUCAACUUCUCCAACAGCGCUUAGUCUUCUCCUUCGGUCUUCGUUAUUUAGAGAAUUACUUGAAAAGAAUUCAAAUGUAUCCGAGGAUGAAGUCACCAGCGAGCAUCAUCAACAACAACAGCAAAUAGCUAGUGAUGAUGAACUAUGUGGAACCUUCUAUGAUGGUAUUGACAAUAUCUCAUUUGACUUUGAUCCCAAUAUAUGCAACAUAGAAUUGCAAGAAAGAGAUUUGAAUUCAAUAUUUUGUACAUAA